AGGUACUAAAACGAGAAAGCCAUAUCUCUUUCUCACACAGACACACUCUCUUCUUCUUGCUAUUCCUUCCUCGUCAUGGAGUCGCGAGUGCUGUCACGCGCCGGAACUUUGUUCUCCCUCCCUCACCUCCGCAAGCUGCCGCGGGAGGUCGGCGCCGGCCCCUCCCUCGUCACCGUGAAGGCCGUGGGCUCCGUGGCGGACGGCGGGAACCUGAUUUGGGGGAGGCAACUGCGCCCAGAGCUCUGCUCGCCGGCGCUGAAGAAGGAGGCCGUCCUCCUCCGGCCAUGCCUCGCCGCCGCCUCCUCGCCGGCCGAGGGCAGUGAUUCCGCCGGAGAAGCAAAGGUUGCUCCGGCGGGGUUUUUCGAGAAGUAUCCGGCUCUGGUGACCGGAUUCUUCUUCUUCACGUGGUACUUCUUGAACGUGAUUUUCAACAUCCUUAACAAGAAGAUCUACAAUUACUUCCCCUAUCCAUACUUCGUAUCGGUUAUCCAUUUAUUCGUGGGUGUGGCGUACUGUUUGGUGAGCUGGGCCGUGGGACUUCCUAAACGUGCUCCUAUAGACUCCAACCUACUGAAGUUGCUCAUUCCGGUGGCUGUGUGCCAUGCAUUAGGCCACGUGACCAGCAAUGUCUCAUUUGCUGCAGUUGCUGUUUCUUUCACUCAUACCAUUAAAGCUCUUGAGCCAUUCUUCAAUGCUGCUGCUUCGCAGUUCAUACUUGGCCAAUCAAUCCCCAUCACUUUGUGGCUGUCACUGGCUCCUGUUGUUAUUGGUGUGUCCAUGGCAUCUUUGACCGAGCUCUCAUUCAACUGGGUCGGCUUCAUAAGUGCUAUGAUUUCAAACAUUUCCUUCACGUACCGAAGCAUCUAUUCAAAGAAAGCCAUGACUGAUAUGGACAGUACCAAUAUCUAUGCCUACAUUUCCAUCAUUGCUCUAAUUGUGUGUAUACCACCUGCCGUAAUUUUGGAAGGGCCUACACUGUUGAAGCACGGCUUCAAUGAUGCUAUUGCUAAAGUAGGUUUGGUCAAGUUCGUCUCAGAUCUCUUCUGGGUUGGUAUGUUUUACCAUCUCUACAACCAGGUGGCUACCAACACACUGGAGAGAGUGGCUCCUCUCACUCAUGCAGUUGGGAACGUACUGAAACGUGUAUUUGUCAUUGGAUUCUCUAUUAUAGUCUUCGGUAACAAGAUUAGCACCCAAACUGGUAUUGGAACAGCCAUUGCAAUUGCUGGUGUGGCACUCUACUCGUUCAUCAAAGCCAGAAUGGAGGAAGAAAAGCGACAAGCAAAAGCAGCAUAAGAGGAAAGUCGUCAACCUGGAGGAUGUCUUGCACUGUAAAUCACCACAAAUUUCCUUCAAAAUAAUUGAGUGACUGGUUCAGUGUUGUACUAUCCUUGUGAUAGCGCCCUUUUAUUUUUCCUUCUAUUUUUGUCAAAUAUUUUCUUUUUCCUUUUUUUCCUUUUUCUCUCUUCAUUCAGAAAACAAUGUCUCGCUGCUGAUUAUCAGUCUUCUCGUGUUGACUGGAAAAUGUCGUACCCUUGAUUCCCAUAAAGAGCUAUUGAAACUAUUAUAUUAGCUGAAAAAUGAUCAGCAAUCUACUGCAGUUGAAUCAA